AUCAGUUGGUUGGUGUUUGUAUCUCAUAUCCUGGACUGGUGCCCUUUGAUGUUCUGGUGCAAAAUGAGUUUCGGGGAAGCAGAGUGGUGACGUUCACAAAAUUACUGCAGAUCAGAGUGUAUAAUCUCACCAUUGUUAUUGAUAGAGAAUACAGCGGCUCUGUUACCGUCAAUGGUGAGCUGUGGAACCUUCCUCUUCAUCUUAUUGAAGGUCAGGUUUCUGUUUUCAGAAGUGGCUGGUCUGCUGUCGUUCAAACCUCUUUUGGUCUCAAAGUCACGUUUGAUUGGAACAGCUUUGCCACCGUCACCGUCCCCAGCACCUACAUGGGUGCCAUCUGUGGCCUCUGUGGAAACUACAAUGGAAUUCCAGAAGAUGAUCUGAUUGUCAGAGGAACAGCAUUACUUGCUUCAGGACCGAUAGAGUUCGGUGCCAGCUGGAGUGUAGCCGAGACCCCAGAAUGUGUCCAUGGCUGCACAGAGAGUUGUCAGGAUUGCGACCCGACCAGAAGGAGUGUUUAUGAGACGUCUGAUUUCUGCGGGCUGCUGCGAGACCAACAUGGACCUUUCAAGAACUGUCAAACUGUGCUAGACUAUGCUCCAUUUUUUGAGGAUUGCGUUUAUGAUGUCUGUUUGUAUAAUGGAAGGAGAGAUCUACUAUGCCAGGCCAUAACUGCAUAUGUGACUGCCUGUCAGGCAAUGGGUAGUACCAUCAGCCCCUGGAGAACUGCUGAAUUCUGUGGUGUUCAGUGUCCUGUCCACAGCCACUAUGAGCUCUGUGGCUCUGGCUGUGAAGUCACCUGUCAUAGUUUGGCUCCUCCCACUGGCUGUCGUAGCCCCUGUAUGGAGGGCUGUGUGUGUGACGACGGCUACAUCAGGAGUGGGGACCGCUGCGUCCCCUUCUCUCAGUGUGGGUGUCUCUAUGGCAACCGCUACUACUUCCUUUACCAACAGUUCUAUCCUGGCAAUAACUGUGAGGAGGUGUGCAUGUGUUUACCGGAUGGCCAGGUGGUCUGUAAAAGGUCAUCUUGUGGCCCCUAUGAGAGGUGUGAGUUGGUGGACGGCGUUCACAGAUGCAAGCCAGUCAGACAGGCCAUUUGUGAAGCUUCGGGAGACCCACACUAUGUGUCCUUUGAUGGGCUGCGCUUUGAUUUCCAGGGAACCUGUACCUACAUUCUCUCCCAAUCCUGUGGCCUGGAACGGACCAACCUGACCCAUUUCUCCAUCCAGGUGGAGAAUGAGAGAUGGUGGCCCAAUAGAUAUCAUAAAGUGUCUGUUACCCAGCAAGUGGCCUUAACAGUCUACGGCAGCACCAUCAUCUUAAGACAAAAUGAGCCCCAGAUCUUGGUCAAUGGGGUUUUGACUAACCUCCCUUAUAGUUCAAGCAGUUUAAAGGGCCCCUUGGUCCAGGCAUAUAAGGAAGGUAUUUACUACAUCAUCAAGACUGGCUUUGGUCUCUAUGUGACCUAUGACCUGUCUUACCACGUCACUGUUACCAUUCCUGACAACUACAGCAACAAGACCUGCGGACUCUGCGGCAACUUUGACGGCAUCCCUUCGAAUGACUUCCGUCUCCCAGAUGGCAAUAUAACACAGGACGUAAAUAUAUUCGGGAGAGCCUGGAAAGUCGAUGUCCCUGGAGUCAUGUGUGAGGAUGGCUGUGAAGGCGACACAUGUCUGGACUGUGAUCCUCGACUGAAAGCCAUCUUUGAGAAGCCUCCCUACUGUGGAGUUCUGGUUGAUCCCAAUGGGCCGUUUGCUGCCUGUCACGUUGUGCUGAACCCCUCAGUUUAUCUCAACGACUGUGUCUUUGACACCUGUGCAUCCGAAGGCAGCAUUAGGUUGGUUUGCGAUAGUGUGGCGAGAUAUGCUUUUAGUUGUCGCAGAGCCGGAGUCGUUAUCCAAAGAUGGAGGACAGACAAUUUCUGCCCAAUGUCAUGUCCAGCUCACAGUCACUAUGAACCGUGCACGGACGUCUGCUCUUCUGCCUGCCCUGGACUGACUACGAUAAUCCAGUGUCCUAAAACCUGCACAGAGGGUUGCGCUUGUGACGACGGCUAUAUGUUUGAUGGCCAGCAAUGCACUGAACAUCAGCAAUGUGGCUGCUAUCAGCAGGGACGCAAGUAUACGGCUGGGGAGGUGGUUUACCUGGACCAGUGUCAGCAGAAGUGUCAAUGUGAUCCAGUGAAUGGACUUACAUGUGAAAGAGCAAACUGUCCUAACGGCACACAGUGUUUCCUUAGAGCGGGAAAGUGGGGCUGCUUUUACCCAGAUCCAUGUCAAGAUCUCCACUGUCGAGAGAAAGAGACAUGCCGCUUUGAACACGGCAACGCUGUGUGUGUGCCCCAGUACAACAGCACAUGCUGGGCCUGGGGUGAUCCGCACUACCACACCUUUGAUGGCCAUGAGUAUAACUUCCAAGGCACCUGUAAAUACGUCUUGUCUAAGACCUGUGGGAAUCUGAGUGGACUGGUGCCCUUCUCUGUAACCCAGAGCAAUGAAAACCGUGGAAACCCUGAUGUGUCUUAUGUGCGAGAAGUGGAAGUUACUGUAUAUGGCAACACUUUUACCAUGGUGAACCACCAUACAGGACAGAUCAUGGUGGAUGGUUUGUGGUUUUAUCUUCCUUUUGAUCAUCAUGAUAGCCAAGUGAGGGUGAGACAGAGUGGCAAUGCUGCUCUGUUGGAAACUAACUUUGGUCUGCGUGUCGCUUACAUCUGGGGCUGGCGGGUUGAUCUGCAUCUGCCCAGUAGUUACUAUGGAGUUGUGUGUGGCCUGUGUGGAAAUUUCAACGGUAAUGGUGAAGAUGAGCGGAGAGACCCUGCUGGAGUCCUUCUGCCAAGUCUGUACCAGUGGGCAAAGAGCUGGACAGCAGAAGACAGCGUCACAUCUGCAUGUCACGAUGGCUGUGAGACCAACUGCCCUGUUUGCUCCAGUGACUUACUUGCCCUCUAUGAAACGUACACUUUCUGUGGUGUCCUGACAUCUACAGGCCAAAGUGUCUUUAGUGCAUGUCAUGCUAAAGUGAACCCAAAGGCGUUCCAGCAAAGCUGUGUGUAUGAUCUGUGCUUCAAUAACGGAGACCGAAGACUUCUCUGUCAGGCUCUGGAGACUUAUGUCGAUCUUUGUCGUCGAGAGGGUGUCAUUAUUACAGAUUGGAGAAGGAGAUUAAAUUGCUCUAUGAGCUGCCCGCCCAACAGUCAUUAUGAGGGCUGUGCGUCUCCAUGUCCAGCAACGUGUCCAUACCCAAAUCAACAGCCAAAUUGCACUGGUACCUGUGUGGAAGCCUGUGUGUGUGACAGUGGAUUUGUCCUCAGCGCUGGCACUUGUGUGCCCACCAGUCAAUGUGGCUGCUUUUAUGAAGGCGCCUACUACAAACAAGGCCAAACUUUCUGGGCUGAUGAGCGGUGUCAUCUGCUUUGCAAGUGUGACCGUAACUUAAGUGCAGUAGUGUGUCGUGAAUCUUCCUGUGCUGUCGGUGAGAGCUGCUCGAUUGUUAAUGGAAGUCGCAGUUGUCGGCCAGUGAGUCGCUCUGCAAUAUGCACAGGCUCAGUAGACCCACAUUACCGCACAUUUGACGGAUUCCAUUUUGACUUCCAGGGCACGUGUGUGUAUCAGUUGGCAGCCCUGUGCCUUUAUAAUGCGAGUCUUGUACCUUUUAAUGUGACUGUUAAGAAUGAUCAUCGUGGGAGCAGCGCAGUGAGCUUCACUAACACUGUCAAUGUGACUGUGAAUGGAUUCACCGUCACAUUGACCAGAGAACAUCCGUAUCAGUUACUGUUUGAUGGCCAGCUAGCAGAACUUCCCUUUUGGAUUCAAGAUGUGUUUGUAGUUGUCCGCAGUGGUAACAUUGCUAUUGUGAAGACAAACUUUGGUCUCCAGGUGACCUUUGACUGGUCCAAUGUGGUGAGCGUCACUUUGCCUUACAAUUACAGCAGUGCAGUCUGUGGACUUUGUGGAAACUUCAACGGUGUUAUUCAGGAUGACCUUGCAAUGCAUAAUGGUAUGAUGGCACCGAAUGCCAGUAGUCUGGGACAGAGCUGGCAGGUUGCUGCAACACCUGGCUGUUCCUCAGCUGGUUGCCUUGGUGCUGGAUGCUCAACCUGCACUGCGACCGAGAGGGAGAACGCCCAGCGCUACUGUGAGAUCAUCACAAACCAGACAGGGCCUUUCAGAGAAUGUCAUGCGCAGAUUGAUCCCAGAUCUUACCUAGAGGAUUGCAUAUUCGACACCUGCCACUUCCAAGGACAUCAGGUUGUUUUGUGUGACGCAGUGGCAGCCUACGCAUCUGCUUGUCAGAGUCAAAAUCUCACGGUUCACCCGUGGAGAAAUGCCACAUUCUGCACUCCGUCCUGCCCACCAAACAGCCACUACAACCCCUGUGCUCCAGGCUGUACUGAGACCUGUGUUAAUCUCUCUGUGCACAACUGCAGCAGACCCUGUGCUGAGGCCUGCCAGUGUGAUCGGGGUUACAUCCUGAGCGGCCAAACCUGUGUGCCACAAGCAGAAUGUGGUUGCUUCUAUCAGGGACGCUAUUAUAACAAAAACCAGAUAUUUUAUGCCCAUAAGCAAUGCUUAGAGCGCUGCAUGUGUGGGGGAAAUGGAAUUGUUUCCUGCCAGAAAUCAAGCUGUGGUCCAGGAGAAGCGUGCAGGGUUGUGAAUGGAGUAUUGGGAUGCCACCCUGUCAGUUAUGCAAGAUGUGUGGCUUCCGGUGACCCUCACUACAUUUCCUUUGAUGGCAGGAGGUUUGAUUUUCAAGGCGCAUGUGUUUAUACACUCGCUAAGGUAUGUGAUCGGGCUGAAGGACAGCUGAUGAAUUUUUCUGUGGACACACAGAAUGAGCAGAUGGCAAACAGAAAGGUUUCUGUCAUCAAGAACUUGACUGUUACUGUUUACAACCUGACAAUCAGCAUCAGACGAGGCGAACGCUGGAGAGUCAUCGUGAACAAUGGAUUUGUCACCCUCCCUUCAACCUUUGGCCAUCAAGUCACCAUUAACCAGGUUGGUCAAAAUGUCCAAGUGCAAACAGAUUUUGGCUUGAGAGUUCUGUAUGACGCCAGUUACCACGCAGAAGUCUAUGUACCCUCAAACUAUCAAGGUUCCAUGUGUGGACUUUGUGGAAACUACAAUGGCAAACCAGCAGAUGACUUCUUGCUGCCCAAUGGCACACAAAGCACCAGUGUCGAUGAAUUUGGACAGGCGUGGGCAUUGCCAGCAACUGAUGUUCAGUGCAGAGGUGUAAGUUCCCCGCAGCAGUGUGAUCAGACCAAAGCUGAGAGAUACCGCAGAGAUAAUGCCUGUGGCCUUAUGGCAGCUGUCACUGGUCCCUUCAGUGCCUGUCACGAUCAGCUGAAUCCUGAGCAACAUGUGAUUAACUGUGUAUUUGACAUGUGUGUUAUGGAUGGAGACAGAGCGAUACUUUGUGAAAAUCUUAAGGCUUAUGCCAUUACUUGCCAACAAACUGGGAUACAAAUCAUGCCAUGGAGAAAUAGUUCAUUCUGUCCGGUGGACUGUCCAGCUAACAGUCAUUAUGCACAAUGCUCUAAUAACUGUGUGAACACCUGUGCCAGCCUUAGUGGCUCCGUUAACAACUGCCCAGAUGUUUGCAUGGAAGGCUGUCAGUGUGAUGAAGGUUGGCUCUCAGAUGGUGAUGCGUGUGUGCCUGUGGGAGACUGUGGAUGUGUCCAUAAUGGCAAAUACCUAAAGGUUGGCGAAGUCUUAGUGACUGACACCUGCGACAUGAAGUGUGUCUGUCGUACUGCUGGGCUGCUGGAGUGUGUAAGACAAACCUGUGCCAGAGGAGGGAUCUGUGAAGUUCGGGGUGGCCAUCGAGAUUGUUACACUGAUCGAGGCCGCUGUGUAUUUGAUGCCAAUGACCAGUUGCAGUCCUUUGAUGGUGUGACGGGGAAAGUGGAGCGGCCGGGAGCCUUUCAAAUGGCUUUCUUAUGUGAUCAAGAGUCUCCUGACUGGUUCCGUGUGGUGUUGGAUGUACAUGCAUGUGCUAAGAAUGAUUCCGGUAAAGUGAUAAUGGUCCACAUCUUCUUCCAGAGCAUGAUCAUUACAGUCAACAAUCAGUGGCACAGCUGGGUGAAUGGAAAGAAGAUCUCGUAUCCCUUUAUGUCUAAAGAGGGGGUGUCAGUCUCAUAUACAAAUGAGGCUGUGAUCAUUGAGAAGGUGUCUACCAUGACAGUGACUUUCUCUGGCACUGGAGAGGUCGUGUUAUCCAUUAGCACAGUUUUGACAAACCAGGUUUGUGGAGCCUGUGGCAACUUUAAUGGAGUCACUGCAGAUGAUAUGAUGACGUCUAAUGGGAGAAACUCCACAAUGAUGUCUCUUGUUGCAUCAUCCUGGAAUGCUGAAGACUUCUUUACAUGUGAUGUGUAACAAAACUGGGAGGAAGAUAUUGCUACUAAAGGUGAUUUUUAUCUAAUAGAGGAAUUGUAAAUUGUAUUUAAUUGCACAUUGGGGUUUAGCAUGAAGCUUUGGUGUAAGAUGAAAGAUUUCUGCAUACAUACUCAGUAUGUUUU